GAAAGCUAUCCCCUUCCCCAAAGGGGAAAAGCUCAUAUAAAAGUUUGUGACUUUCUAGAAAGGAAGGAAGUCCAGGCUUGCCUGGCUGCACGCUGUCCGGACUUCCUUAUCCGGUUGGUGGAGAACCCAAAUGACUCAGUUUCCCAUUAUUCCUCAGUCAGAAAGCUGUUCAGGGAUUUGCGAGUUGGGGAGAAAUUGCUGGAGCCCCUCACACCAGUGACUGCUGAAGUAAGACGUUUCUGGGGGAAAAAAAAAAACUUCCCUGAGUGGGGCACAGGCUAAGCCUGAAGGAUUUCCAAGAUGACCAAGGUACCAGCCACCAAGAAGAUACAGAGUUCCCCCAUCUCGGGGGCCCUAUGGCCAUUUUAUGCCUCAGAUCUUCCAACACAGGUCCCAGACAAGCCAAUGAGGAGCAUCAGGUACAUGGACAAGGAGAUAAUAAACCUCAAGAAAGACCUUAUACGAAGCCGCAUCUUGAUUCAGUCGGUGAAGAUAGGCCACGGAUACUUUUCCAUGCUGCGGGAGGAGAGUGCCUUGAAGAAGCAGCAACAACGUCGGAAACUAGAAGAGGAAGAAAGACAUAAAUUCCAACCAGCCAAAAAGAUAUCAGAAAUCCACUAUGGGGAUAUUCUUUUGACCACCUACGAGGAUGAGAGGACGAAGAAGAUGGGGGCUGGAGUCAUCCUCCAGCCGUUCAUCCCUGUGCACAGCUGCAUCAUUGCGCCCUUGCUGCCGAAGGCUCACGUUGAGCCCCUCUUCCGCCAGCUCUGUGCCCUCCACUGGCUCCUGGAGGCCCUGACUAUCGACCACACCCACCACACCAUGAAGCCAGUGAUCACCUGCUGGAAUCCAAAGGACCCGGGUGGAAGCAAGAACACAAUAAAAAAAAUUAAUAAGGACAAGUCCAUUGGACAGAGGUGGGAGCACUUCGUCACAGCGCCCAAGACCAAGAAAUCUAAAAUUCCUGUGAUACGCACCACCAGCCGCAAACCAAGCCGGCGGGGCUCGACCCUCAGUCUGUCUCGGACGAGUGGAGGGUCCUCCCCCCAGAGCAGCAUGGUCUCUGGGAACCCAGGCUCAGAUGAGCCCCAAAGUGUGAUCACCCAGGCAACGGGCAGCAAGGACGUCGAGGACAAUGAGUCGUCUUCGACCAAGCCUGACGAAGAGCCUCUCCAUGCCAAUCUGCAGAAGCUCCUGGAGAUGGUUCGGGAAGAUACUCGGAGAACAAACACAGUGGAAAACGGGAUGCAAAAACAAGCGCCCAGUGUCUUGCCAAUGAUCAGACAAAACAAGAGUGAUUCUGCCUAUAAAAAUAUGCAGACCACCCACAAAUCAAGUGACAGAUCCAGCAGUACAAGUGGAGACAGCCACUCCCAGGUACUGCAGAAGAAGCCUAAAAGCCACGCCAACCGUGACAUCGUGCAUGGCAAGAGUGGGGUGUGUAACACCAUGAGGGCCAAGUUCUACAGUGUGGCCCAGGAAGCUGGCUUCUGUCUACAGGACAAGAUGGAAAUCUUCAUAAAGCGCCAAGAAGAAAGAGCUCUCCAGAAGUUCCAUGCUUUCAAUCGUGUCUCAAAUUUCCAAAAGGAUAUAGCAAAGAUGAGACGUCAAGUCUCCGUGGUAAAAGGAGGUUCAGAAGAAAUUUCAGACCACUGGUACUUUGACCUGCUGUCCAAACUCCCUGAGGAUCUGAAGACUUUCCGCCCCGCCAGAAAGAUCCUGGCAAAACUGCAGAAGUUUGGAGAAAAUCUGGACCUGAGGAUCCGGCCGCACGUCCUCCUGAAGGUGCUGCAGGACCUGAGAAUCUGGGAACUGUGCUCUCCGGACAUCGCAGUGGCGAUCGAGUUUGUGCGAGAACACGUCGUCCACAUGCCUCAAGAGGAUUAUAUCAACUGGCUGCAGAACCGAAUCAACGUCCCCAUCCGACCCCACAGUGCCCAGCCGUAGGGGGCCUGGGUUGACCAGCUAUCCCAGUGGAGGCGGGCUCUCUACACUGUAUUCCUGCUUCCUGCCUACUCUCAUGAAUACUCGUCAUGAUACAGUAGGGUCCUCUGCACACCGGCUUCUGGCAACAUUCGAGAGAGAGAGCCAUUCCCAGGUAGAAACUCGCCUCUACCUCUAACCCCAGCCUCAGUCUCCCAGCCUCUGUUCCUAUGUUCCAGCCUGACCACCCACUCCCUCUCCAGGUUCCUUCACCCUCCUCCUCUUCCUCAAAUUCUGGAUAAUAAAAAUGAGCUGAAAGUUUGAAGUCCAGCUGGGAAAAAGCUAGAACUCUGGGAUUUGAGUGUGGUAUUCAGAUCCUAAUAAUAAGAUACAGUUACCGUGUAUUGAGCAUUUGUUGUACACCAGGCCCAGUGCUGGGUGAUAUCAUUACCUAAUAAUAUUUAAAUCUCACAAUUAAUUGGUUCAGCAGGUACUGAUGUUACCCACCCCCACCCCCACUUCACACCAGUGGAGCUAGAGCGUAUUUCUCAAGGUCAUUUGUUGACAGCCACGUAGCCGGUACGUGGCAGAGCCAAGUCUGGAACGUGUCUGUCUGUCUUGGGCAGGGGAGAUGCUGAAAUCACAAGACUUACUCCCACCCUCCUGCUUGUCAUUUUUUUCUGAGCCUGUUUCUUAGAGCUGUAGCUCCAUCCAGUGGUUCAUGUUAAUAUUAUGCUUGCAUCACGCUCCCCAGCAAAAUAAAAACUUCCGCCGAAAGGGAAGAAGGCGAGUGUUAACAACUGAGUACUUAUUCAAACAAUGGAAGAUCUUUCACUGCUGAAAUAGACUGGGGACUAAAGGGAGGCAAUACAUCACCUCCCAGCUCCCAAGCUCAAAGAAGAGCCUCAGGGAGAAAUAUUUUUGCUGUGAGCCUUUUCAUCAGAAUCGUAAUUGGGCACCUACUGUAUGCCAAGCCUGUACCAGCUGACCGCCUGUCCCACUGCUCUGACCAAGCCACCUGAGUGGUUAUCAUGAGAGGUUUUAAAACCACACGUGCCCCAGACAAGUUUUUCUCUGCAAAGGAGCAGAAAGUAAAUAUCUGUUGCAUAUUCUUCUUAUGUAUGUACUCCUUUAAAAAUGCAAAAGACCUUCUGGGGAUUGGAGGUCAUAGAAAAACAGACUGCCGGAGGACCGAUCUGGGCCGUGGACCAUAGUGGAACAGAGGAAUGGAUGUGUAGGGUAAUCCAGUAAAAGUCACGCCCUUGAACUUCUGUUGAAACUGGUGAGAACAAGGAGCUUUUCCUCUGGAAUUGUUGACAAUAAGGAUAAAAUAAGUGUACAGCUUCUGAGAGCCACCGCACAGAAACACUGCCAACAAAGAGAGGAAACUGAAGCUGAGAAAUUCAGGAAGAGAGACACCAAAUCUUGGUGACACCGUGGGAGCACUCAGAUCUAGACAGACCUUCGAAUGGUUAGUUAGGGGGCUAAAACCUGCUUAAGCCAGAUCCAGUGUGGUCUCCUUCCCUUGCGACAAAAGGAAUCCUAAUGAAUGCAGCAGGAGCGAGAAAAGGGAUUCGUGCACGAGCAUGGC